AUGGCGAUCGACUUGGGGCCUCUCGGCCAGCAAAGCACACCUUCUGCUCUCCUGCUCGGCGUGGGCGCUCUCACCACUAUCUCUGUCCUCUUCACGACAUUGAGAGUGCUGCUAAGCACAUUUAUCUUGCCUGGACACUCCCUUUCGAAAUUCGGCCCUCAAGGCUCUUGGGCAGUGGUGACCGGCGCGUCAGAUGGACUGGGAAAAGAGUAUGCCCUACAGCUAGCGAAGAAAGGCUUCAACCUCAUACUGGUGUCUCGCACUGCUUCCAAACUUGCGACGCUGUCCUCUCAAAUCAAAACAUCGUUCUCGAAUAUCACGGUGGAGACAUUGGCCAUGGAUUUUUCUCAAAACCUCGACUCGGACUACAGUGCUUUGGCAACCCUCGUGCAGGGAAAACAAGUCUCAAUACUGAUCAACAAUGUGGGACAGAGUCACAGCAUCCCCGUGCCCUUCGCGGAGACCCCUCUGUCUGAAGUGUCGUCGAUCAUCAACAUAAACUGCCUGGGAACACUGCGAGCAACGCAGACAGUGCUGCCGAGCAUGGUGCCACAGAAGAAAGGGCUUAUUCUGACCAUGGGUUCAUUUGGCGGCCUCACCCCCACUCCACUGUUGGCAACCUACUCAGGUUCCAAGGCGUUCCUCCAACAGUGGUCAAACGCUCUCGCAUCGGAGCUCUCCUCGACGGGAAUUGAGGUCUUCUUCGUCCACUCCUACCUUGUCACCUCUGCGAUGUCGAAGAUCCGUCGAUCCAACUGGCUAGUUCCGUCCGAGAGAUCGUUUGUCAGAUCCGUGUUAUCGAAGAUCGGACGAAGAGGAGGUAGCAUUGGAUAUCCGUACAGUGGGAGUCCUUACUGGAGCCAUGCGCUUUUGGCAGCCCUCAUCACGGGAGUUCUGGGCCCGAUGAACAGUAUUCUACUCGGGAUCAACAAGAGCAUGCACGUGGAUAUCAGAAAAAGGGCUCUCAGAAAAGCCGAGCGAGAAGCGCAAAAGGGAAAGAAAUAUACAUAA